CAGAUUGGCCCUGAGGAUGGAAGAGCGUGGCCAUCGCCGGUAUCACCGUCACCAUCACGACUAUCACCAAGGCCCACGGCUCAUAAGCAUCAACGAGCUCGUGUUCCCCUCGCUAUCGAGUCACUGAGGCCCCGCUAGAGUAUACAUAUAGACAUGCAACAACAGCAGCACCAGCAGCAGCAGCAAUCGUCAGGAACUCCAAAUGGGUUGGCCGGUGGGGCUCAGAUGCCUCAAAGCCCGGGGCAUCAGCAGCAGGGGCCGGGUGGGGCGAGAGCGCAAGUCAACGGCGGGCGCUUUGACUUUGACGACGGGGGCACGUACUGCGGUGGCUGGGAGGACGGCAAGGCUCACGGUCAUGGAGUUUGCACGGGACCUAAGGGACAGGGGGCCUACUCCGGCAGUUGGCAUUACGGCUUCGAGGUCUCCGGUGUAUACACUUGGCCCAG